AUGAUUGUUAAAUCUUUAUUCUGGAACAUAAGAUCAGUAAAGUCCCAACAAGCAUUUCAUAGAGUCCAAAUGUUAAAUAAGCAUCACAAGUUCUUUUUGGUAGCUCUGAUGGAACCUUACCAGCAUCAGAGACAGAUUCAUAAAUAUAGAAGGAGACUUGGAAUGCCUUAUGCUAAUUCCAACUGUAAUGGUAAAAUCUGGCUUUUUGUGCAACACAAUGUUGAUGUUGAGGUUCUGUUGGAUACUAAACAAUCCAUUACUGUAAAGCUGCAGUUUCAUGAUUUGAAUAGAGAUAUGGUGGUUACAAUGGUGUAUGCUAAAUGUUCAGAUGUGGAGAGAAUGCAGUUGUGGGAUAAAGAAAAAAUAGGAGGUUUGCCAGUAUUGCCACAAGAAUAUGAAGAUUUUGCUUUUUGUCUGAAUUCCUGUGAGUUGCAUGAGAUGCCUUUCAAAGGGAGUACUUUCACCUGGUGGAAUGGUAGGGCUGCCAAUGACUGCAUUUUUAAGAGAUUGGACAGGAUUGUGCAUAAUGAUACUUUUCAGAAUUGGUUUGGACAUCUAGAGGUGGAACAUCUGUCAAGGACUGGUUCUGAUCAUGCACCAUUACUUGUAUCUUGUGGAGAUCAAGUGAAAUUUUUUAUCAAACCAUUCAGAUUUCUCAAAUUCUGGGUGGAACAUGAUACUUUUCUUGACUUUGUUAAGCAGCAAUGGGAAACAGUCUUAUCUGAUGAUGUGUUUCUGUCAUUUAAACUCAAGAUGAAGAAACUGAAAGCUGCUUUAAGUGCAUGGAGUAAGACUACUUUUGGGGACAUUUUUAAACAACUAGUAAUAAGAGAGGAUAUAGUUAAGAUUAAAGAGCAGUUGUUUGAGGAGAAUCCAUCUGAAGAGAAUAGAAUGGUCAUGCAAAGGGCACAAGCAGAACUUAAACUGUAUCUUCACUAUGAGGAAGAAUUCUGGAGGCAAAAAGCUGGGAUGGACUGUUUCUCUGAAGGUAAUAAGAAUACAAGAUAUUUCCAUAGUUUGGUAAAAGGAAGAAGGAAAAGAAUCCAGAUUAAGAGGGUUAAAGAUGAUACUGGACAUUGGCUAGAGGAUGCUGAUAGUGUUGCUGCUGAAGCUGUUAAUUUUUUCCAUAAGCAAUUUACUCAUGAGGAGGUUAGUGAAGAUUCUCCAAUUCUUACUAAUAUUCCUAAGUUGAUUAUAGAGGAGGAUAAUAUACUACUUGCUGAACAACCUACUAUGGAGGAAGUACAGAAGGUUGUAUUUGAAUUAAAUGGAGACAGUUCCUGUGGCCCUGAUGGAUUUUCUGGUAUAUUUUAUCAGAAGUGUUGGGAGGUGAUCAAGGCUGAUGUAUUUAGUGUUGUUAAAGAUUUCUUUGAAGGACAGACUCUUCCCAAGUCAAUCACUCACACUAAUCUAGUUUUGCUGCCAAAAAAGAAUGUUGUUGAAGCAUUCUCUGAUAUGAGACCUAUAAGUCUUAGCAACUUUAUCAAUAAGGUCAUAUCAAGAGUUGUUCAUGACAAACUAGACAAGUUACUCACAAGGGUCAUCUCUCCAAACCAAUCUGGUUUUGUUAAGGGCAGGAAUAUAAUUGAGAAUAUGGGAUUCUCCUCAGUUUUCAUUGACCUUAUAUGGAGGUUGUUGGCAAAUAAUUGGCAUUCAGUACUCCUAAAUGGCCAGGCACAUGGUUUCUUUCAUUCUACAAGGGGUGUCAAGCAGGGGGAUCCACUCUCUCCUGCUCUUUUCAUUAUAGCUGCAGAGGUUCUCUCAAGGGCAUUAAAUUCUUUGUUUGAUCAGCCUGGUUUUGUUGGAUAUGGGAUGCCAAAAUGGACUGCUGACCUGAAUCAUCUGUCGUGGAAAAUCAAUGAUCAUGCUGAAGAUGUUUCUAAGCUUAUGUCAAAUGGAGGAUGGAAUAUCAGCAAAAUCAUGCAGCUAGUUAUUAAAUGGAUGAGACCUGCAGCUGGAUUCUACAAAUGUAAUACUGAUGGAGCUGCUAAAGGAAAUCCAGGAUCAAUUUCUGCUGCUUUUUGUAUCAGAAAUGAAGAGGGAGAUUUGGUGUAUGCAGCUGCUAAAAUUAUGACAGAUGGAACAAAUAUUGUGGCUGAGGCUGAGGCUAUUAGAAUGGGAUUGAUGUACUGUGUAGAAAAGCAGCUUUUUCCAUUGAUUAUAGAGACUGAUUCCAUGACCAUGAAGAAGAUUUUAAAUGCUGAAUGGAAGAUCCCUUGGAGCAUUUCAAUGUUGGUGGAUGAUAUCAUGAGGAUGAUGAAUGAUCAAAGAGUGUCUGUGGAGCAUAUGAAGGAAAUGAUGCAGUAA